GACUUCCUCGUCUGCUUCACGGAAAGAAAGUCUUUUGGCUCGUUCACUCGUCUUCCAGCUCUCUUUUAACCCCCCAUUCAUUUUCUUCCUCACGACGAAACCCAACUCCUCUCCUUCCUCUCUCUCUCUGAAGCUUGAUCGAGCCCUAGGCUCGAGCCAGGGCGCACCAUGGCGGCGCCCCCAUCCUCUACCACCGUGAACGUGAUGCUUGCCAUUCACGAGAAGAAGCCCACCUCCAUCGACCUGUACCGCCCCCUUCGAAAUUACAUCACCCUCCACUACUCUGAACGCCAAGCCAUAAACCUUGAAGACGACCUUGAAACCCUAAAGCAACUCCGCUCGGACAUCGAAUCCUCUCCGAACACAUCUCCCGAUUCUCGGCGAGACCUCCUCCAAUCUUAUUUUCGCUCCCUCUCGGUGAUUGAAUCUCGAUUCCCGAUAUCACCUGAAAAGGACCACGUUAAUGUCACGUUCACAUGGGCUGAUGCCUUCAAAUCCAAUAGAAAGGCAUCACAGCAAAGUAUUCAUCUGGAGAAGGCGGCGGUGUUGUUUAAUUUGGGGGCGAUUUAUAGUCAGAUUGCUUUGGGGGCUGACAGGACGGGGGCAAAUGGGUUGAAGACUGCGUGCAACGCAUUUCAGGGAGCGGCGGGGGCAUUUGCUUAUUUGAGGGAUAAUGUGGCGAUGAAGGCGGGAUUGGGGCAGUGCACGGUGGAUUUGUCUGUGGAGUGCGUGGGAAUGCUUGAGAGGCUGAUGCUGGCCCAGGCGCAGGAGUGCUUCUUUGAGAAGGUGAUUGCCGAUGGGAAGCCGCCUGGGCUGUGUGCAAAGGUGGCGAGGCAGGUGAGUCUUUACUAUGAGGAAACUUUCGCAGCUCUGAACAUUCAACCCUUCAACCAGCACUUUGACCGGACCUGGAUCUCCCAUGUUCAGUUAAAAGCUGCCCAAUUCUACGCAGAAGCUUGCUACAGGCUGGCCUUAGAAUUGCAUGAUAAAGAGGAGAUUGCGGAGGAAAUUGCAAGGCUUAAGAGUGGGGUUUCGGCGCUAUCUGAUGCUAAGAAAUCAACAAAAGGUGCUGUUGGGCUUCUCUUGGAUUCGGUAACUAGGUUGGAAUCGAAUUUGAAUCGUAACCUAGAGAGGGCCAUAAAAGAAAAUGAUAGAGUUUAUCUCAUGAGAGUCCCUGCCCCAAAUUCCCUACCCUCACUUCCUGCUGCUUCAUUGGUCAAAUCCACGCCCAUGGUUGAUAUCUUAGAUGCGAGCAAAGUGAAGAUGUUUGCUAGUCUAGUUCCUGAUAGUAGUGCCAAAGCCCUUUCGAGAUACACUGAAAUGGUGGAUGAUAUCAUUCGAACCCAAGCGGAGAAAUUGCAGCAAGGCAGUGAGAUAACCAGAGUCAAGCUCAAAGAAAUGGACCUUCCUGAUUCCAUUCUUGCACUAGAAGGGAACCUCACUAUCCCCUCCGACCUUAAGGAAGAAGUGGAGGCUGUUCAGAUUUCAGGUGGUCCAUCAGGUUUGGAAUCUGAGCUUCAGCAGUUGAAAGAUUUGAAGAGGGUGAACCAGGAGCUUUUGAUCCAGACUGAGGAGCUUUUGCAGAAGGAAGCAAGAGAGGAUGCUCAAUUUCGAAUGCAAUUUGGAACACGAUGGACUAGGCCUCAAUCAGGAACUUUGACAAAGAAUUUGCAGGAUAGGCUGAAUAGGUUUGCUGGGAACCUGAAACAAGCGACAGAUAGUGAUGGGCGUAUUGAGCGAGCUGUGAGAGAUCACUUGGCGCUCAUGUCAAUCCUCGAUUGCAGACCAAUAGAAUCUGCUCUUCCUAGUCUUGCAAGGCCAAUAAUGUCUUUGGAUGGCAAUGAGGAUGCUAUCGUGGGAGCGUUGAAGCAAAGCCUGAGGCAGUUGGAGACUCUCGGAGCACAAAGGGCAGGUCUUGAGGACAUGCUUAAGGAGAUGAAACGAAAGGAUGAUAUACUUCCUAAGUUGAUGACAACCACUGGAUCAUAUGAGGAUCUUUUCAAGAAGGAAUUGUCGAAAUAUGAUAAUAUCUGCCAAGAAAUUGCCCAAAAUAUUGAGGCACAAGAGCAAUUAUUGCUGCAAAUUCAGGCUCAAAAUGAUGAUUUUGCAGCAGUUUUUAAUCUUGAAGACUACAAAGCUGCUCGCGAGAAGAGUUAUAAGCAGAUAAGUGCAGCAAUCACGAAGUAUCGUGAGAUCAGGGAGAAUAUAAAUGAGGGACUGAAGUUCUAUGUUACCCUUCAGGAUGCUAUCACCAACAUCAAACAACAGUGCAGCGACUUCAUCAUGACCAGGAACAUCCAAUGCCGAGAAAUGAUGGAGGAUGUUCAAAGGCAAAUGGCAGGUCUCAACUUCAACGACUCUAAGUCCAGGUUCACUAACUACCCUGCUCCAGGACAGAGGUCCACGCAGCAUACUCCAGACCCCCAGAGUACACCACCCAUGCCUGGAUUUCCUCCAUCCUCUCAGCCCUCGCAACCUUUCUCUAGCAGUACGCCACCCCAUACGUAUCCUCAACAGCCCCCUUACCACCAUACCCAAGCCCCUUCCCAUUUCGCGCACCACCCAACAGGUGCUCCAAUGCCUCAACAACCUGAAAACCAAAACUAUGGUCAGCCACCUUACCCAACAUGGCGUGCUCCAUACUAUGCUCCAACUCCUCCACAACCUGGUUCUCACCCUCCACCUCCGUAUCAUAUUCCACCAUCUUAUCCUCCUCAACAAGGUGGUUAUUACAAGCACCAAUAGAAUGAAAUACCUCUUUAUUAUUAAGAGGACCUGUGCUAAUUAUUGUUGAGUUUUUUCCUUCUUUGUAGACACUUAUAUAUGCACUUUGUGGACUCCAUUGUAUGCUGCAAUAGUGUGUUUUAUGUUCUUUGUAUAUAUUAGAUUGGAAAUAUCUUGUUCUUGAAGGCGCUUUAAUAAUUUUAGAAUUGGAAUUAUCUUGGUGCUA